GAGUGUCAUUGUAGUUAUAUUAAUAAUUUUUGUUUUAAAUUUUUUGUGAUUUAAUGUGUAAUUUACAGUAUAAAUCAGUGUCCUCGUUGUUCUUACUAUCUACUCAAGGAAAAUAAAGUAAAUACGUAGUAGAACUGAUCUGAAUAAUGGUUUCCAGUUACAAUAACAAUAACAAAUCAUUGUGCUGCAGUUAUUAAACUUGAUGCCGAUAGUUGAUGUUGCGUAUGAAACUAGUAUAUGGUACUAUUAUUGGUCUUUAAAUCUUCAUAUCUUCUGGUAUCUACGAGGAAGGAUAAAUUUUUUAGUGAUUCGCAAAACAAAUGACAAAAUGGCCCCAAAGUUUAAGACGGAAAAAGUUGUAAUUAUUGGCAGUGAUGAGGUCGCGAUGUCUUGGGCGUUAAUUUUCGCUUCAGUCGGUUACCAAGUGUUACUCUUUGAUAUUAUUCAAGAACAAGUUUACAAUGCCCUCAAAGAGAUAAAGUUUCGUUUAAAAAGAUCUCAAGAACUCGGUAUUCUUCGUGGUACUCUCAACGCUAAAGAACAAUUUAGGUGUAUUAAAGGCACUAAUAAUUUAAUGAAAGCAGUAAGAAAUGCAACAUUUAUACAAGAAUGCGCACCAGAGAUCCUACCAUUAAAGCGAAGAGUAUUCCAAAGUUUAGACUACUAUGUGAAUGACAACGUUAUUUUGUCUAGUGCAUCGAGUUCAAUUCUGCCAUCUCUAAUUUCCAAUGGAUUAAUACACAGAUCACAAUUCGUUGUAACCAAUUCAUUAUACCCUUCUUACUUUGUGCUGCUAGUAGAAAUAGUACCAGCACCGUGGACAGACCCAGGUGUGUCUAUGAAGACCAGAGAAUUAAUGAUACAGGUUGGACAGGUACCAGUUUUGCUAUAUAAGGAAGUUGAGGGCUUUGCAAUGAAUCGAAUUCAAUAUGCGAUUUUAAAAGAAAUUUGGCGUUUGGUGGAUGAAAAAGUUGUAGAUGUUGAGGAUGUCGAUAAAGCUAUAUCGGAAGGAGUGGGAAUGCGCUAUGCUUUUCUUGGACCAUUGGAAACUGCGCAUUUGAGUGCCGAAGGAAUACAAAAUUACAUUGAAAAAUACGGAUUAUAUAUAUACAGCAUUUGCCAAAUGCUUGGAGAAACACCGCGCAUGAGUCAAUCAAUGAACGUACAAAAGAUUAGCGACCAAUUGCACGCGUUGAUGCCGUUGGAGCGUUUACCCGACCGUCGCUUAUGGCUACACGCUUGUCUCGUGCAUCUGGCCCAGCUCAAAAAGGAAAUGAAGGCAAAAUAUUAGAAGAAUUAAAAUGUAAAAGUCAAUACUAGAUUUUAAGUUUGUCACAUUUCAUUAAUUAAAAUUAAAAUAUUGAAAUCUAUAGAUACAUAAAAAAGUGAUAUAUAAUAAUUUAAUUUAGAACAGCCGUACUCAGCCAUUUUUUUAUAGGGGCCACAAACACGGUUCAGUCAUGGUAUCGUGGGCCGCAAGCAAAAACUAUUUAGGUUUCAAUUAAAACGAAAUUCCAAGUUAAUAAUGUAGUUACUUUAUUAAUGAAAAAAUAAGUUUUGACAAAGAUAUAUAGAUUCUUACGUAUUUUAAUGCGAUUUUUGUAUUUAUGAACACUUUUUAAAACUUUUUUAAGGUCUGGUUUAGCGCUACAUGCUAUCCUUAUUACAUCUUCUUGACGAGAGUCUGUAAGUUUGUUUCUAUAAACGUCCUCCUAUGUAUUUCAUUUUUGAAAAAGACGAUCCGCACACAUACGUAGAUCCAAAAAAUGUUAGUAGGAUUUGGGCACAUCUUUGGACGUUUUUAUACUUUUGGUACUCAAAAAUUCUACAUAUUCUUUAUUUUUCCCUUUUUUUCUUUAAACAAAACUUCAAGAUUAGUGUCGUUUUUAAAAUCAAUGAACUCAUCGAACAACUCAGAGUAAUUACAAUUUGUAUCGUCUCAAAUUUUUGAUCCGAACGCCCGUUUUCUAAUGGACACAAAAUUUAAAUUGGUUUACAAUAAAUUGGUAACUUCAGGUGGGCCAACAACAAGAGCCCGGCGGGCCGCAUGCGGCCCGCGGGCCGCAGUUUGAGUAUAACGGAUUUAGCACAUAAAUACUGGCGUUAAUAAAUAUUCCGCACUGUUUUA